UACCUAAAGGGGAAGACGUGUAGAAGGGUGUAAAAAAAAUAAAAGGAAAGCAUGUAUGCAAGAAAAGGAAAAAUGACCUUAAUCAACAAGAGUAUGGUAAGCGUGUUUUAACUCCGAGGGGAGUGCGUGUCAACCUUAAGGGCUGAUAGAAGGUGGUCAAUUACUUGUCACAGGUAGCUAAGUUAAGAAUCAUUUGUCUCAUAAAAAAAAAGGUUAAGUAAAAAGAGGAAUUGAACUCGCGAAUUGAAAUACAUUUAUUAAGAAUCAAAAACAAUGACAUUAAAAACAUGAAAUAAAACAUGCCUGUAGUAUCAACUAGACAAGACCACAGGUAAAAUACAAAAAAACACACAACUGGAUAAAACAAGAACGUAGCCUUAAAAAUGACAAACACAUUAAAAAGAUGCACUCUGCUUCAAUUAUAAAUUAAGAAAUCCUUAAGUAUCCCACCUUACUGCCGUUUAAAAUCCGUGUCCUUGCGACCGCAGGGGAAACCCAAAAUCACACCCAGAGCUUCCGCCGGGUGUACAUCGGCCGCUCUUAGACCCCCUGCGUCCCCUGUUCAAUUCCCGAGCUAUAUAUAGCCGACCCCCAGCAAGGAUAGAAUGAAUGGGCUAGUAAGAAGCUCGGGAACGAACUAGCAAGUUUACCCCCCUAGAUGGCGUGGCAGGUUCCGCCGAUAAGAAGGUGGCUCAUUAAAGUUGUGGCUUCGUUAAAACCCUUACUCCCUAUUAUUAAAAGUUUAUUUUAAUCCUAAAAGCUUUAAUAAUAAAAGAAAAGGGAGGCAACUCUUACCAACUUUGUUAAAAUAGGAGUGCAUAGUAAAAACAACAGAAGAAAAUGGCUUUGGUUCUUGUUAAGAACAAGAUAAAACAAGGAUAAAGUAAAAUAAAUACAAACAAUAAAAAUACAUAAAAAUACAUCCAAUACAUAAUAGGCGGCAUCAUCAUCCACGUGCGUGCGCGGUCUUUCCGUCUCGCGAUUCAGGUGAGACUCGCAUAUUCUCCGCGCUCCGGCGCGGCUGGCUUGGUAUGGGUCACUACACCGUGAGCAAAUCCAAGUGUGUCCACCGCCAGGAAACAGUUUUUGUCAUGAUGUGGAACUCGAAGGUUUUGUUUGUGAUAAUGUGUGUGGGACUUUUCCCUCUGGCCUUCUUGUACCGAUAUGGGUAUUCAGAAACGAAUUUGCAAGUUUACGAGAGUUUUGAAAGGCAGCGCAUGGGUCAGGAUGAUAUAGAAGUGCGCUUUCAAAGACGCCGGGAGAGGUUGUUAAAAACCUGCCAAACAAUAGAUAACAAAGAAGACAUAUCUUGCUCCCUUAGGGAACGUAUUUUAUACUUCUGGAAGUACAACGCUAGUGUUUGCACUAUGGGAAAGGUUGGCUCAGGAAACUGGCGUUCUCACGCGCAGAGAGCCAAUGAAAUAACUGGCCAUCCCAUGUAUGACGGCAGACGCCGUAAACUGUUCAGAAAACCUUGGCAACAGGUUAUUGACUACUCAAAAUCUCUAUCCAGAUGGAUUACUGUCAGGCAUCCGUUAACUCGUUUGGUGUCGUGUUACCAGGACAAGUUUCGAAAUGGUUCGGAUUUCCCUGAAAGGAAAGCAAACGUCCUGAAAGAGUUUCUGUGGCCAGCACUCCUAAGCAAUGAUUUAGUUUUCAAGGAUCAAGAGUCAGACAUUUGGCAAGCGUUUCUACACAAGAGGAAAACGUCCGUCGAGAAACUCGAUCCCGAGGACGAGAGAGCGCGCUUGAGUGUGACCUUCACGGAGUUUCUGAAUCACGUUGCCAACACGUUCGAAGAUGGCCGUAUUGACAGGCACUGGAAAACGUACGGUCUGUUAUGCUCGCCUUGCUUCUUUGAAUACGAGUACAUAGCGAGGACAGAUACACAAGACCAGGACUUGGAAUAUAUGUUCAGCAAGUUUGGUUUUCCGUCGGACCCAUACAAGGCUGCGAAGGUCAAAGAAGAUGUCAGAACAAAAAUGAAAAGGGAUUUCAGGUACUAUGACCCCGUUCCGCUGGAAUUAAAGUUGAAAAUAUACAACAUCUACAAAGCAGACAUGGAGAUGUUCGGAUACGAUCUACCAGAAGACUUCUGGAAGACACAAUGAUCUGUUGGCUUUUGGAUGAGUUUUGCAUUACCCCUUGAAAGCAACAUUUCGCAUUCAGGAGAAAUAACGUGCAGAAUAUGUUAUAUGAUUAUCUUAUUAGUGAUAACGAUGUUUAUAAUGAUAACUAAUAAUAAUAGUGUUAAAAGUAAUAACAUAUAGCAUUUAUAAGGAAGCAGCAAUUAAAUUAUAAUGAAAAGUUAUGUAAAUAAAGAACAAUGCAAGUCU